ACUGCUGUGUGAAGGUUUAUUAUUUUUCUAGUUGAAUUGAAAAUUGAAAUGUGAAAUGGUGGCUUGUCAAAUUGUCAGCACGUAUCUAGGGCGGGGAGGUUUCUGUAAACUACGUAUUUAAUUAUUUUAGUGUGGACAAAAUUACAUAUUUCGCGUGUUUUAAUUUGUAAACUUUUGUGUUUUCGGAAAAACUCAUAGAUCUUUGUGUUCGUGUAGUUGAAAGUGCUUAAUAAAUUAGUGUACUUACAGUUAAAGGUGUAUCAUGUCUCAAGGAUAGUAUACGAAUAAGAAGAAUGAAAAUGAAACAGAGUAGCAUGCGGUCGGCAUCGUUAAAUCAAGAUAUUAAAAUGAUGAAAACUGUAAAUAAAAAUCCUCCAGUUUCGAAAAAGAAAAAAUCUUCCAAACUUAACCCUCCCAUGCGAGAUACUAUUUCUGAAACUAUUUCUUUUGUUAUCAAAGGAAAACUUACACCAAUCAAACCUAUUUUAUUACGAAAAGAAAUUGAUUUAAUAAAUAGCAAAUGUAAAGCAAAAAGUCAAAAAACUGUUAAAAAAACAAACCGGAAAGCUACAAAAAUUAAAAAAAUUAAAGAAGAACCUCUUAGGAUAAAAUCAAAAGUUCAAACGAAAACUGCCAAAAAUACAAGUGCCCAGAAUAUUUUUAAAAAUAAAUCUGAUACGGUUGUAGUAAAUUUAGUUACACAAUCGCCAAAAGCAAAUUCGAAACAUUCAAAACUAGAAUCAAAAAUAAUUAAUAAAAGGCCUAAGGCGAAAGAAGAGAAACCAAAGAAAGAUAAAAAAAAUGCACCGGCGGAUAAAACAUUAAAAACAAAAACCGUACCCAAGUUAACCAAAAAACAAUAUAAUAAGAAAAAGAUAGAUAAAUCUUUAGAAAACAAAACAGUCAUUGAUGAAGAUGAAAUUAAGAAACAACAAACUAUUGAAAAAUUGUUAAAAGAAGUUAACGAAGAAAUUAAAUCCAAAAAAAUAAAACCCUCCAAGCACAAAAGUAGUAAAACAAAGAAAAAAAAUGUACUGGGUCAAAAUAAAGUAAAGAAAAUUAAUGAUUCAGAUGAGUUAACUCUGACUAACCAAGAUCCUAUGUUACAAAAAGAUAUUAAAUCAGAAUUGAUAGAAUCCAUAGAGGUUCCAAAAAGUAGCGUUCUACCGACCAAUGACAUAAUUUUAGAAAGUAACGCUAUAAAAAAAGAACCAGAAUCUAAUGAAAAAAAGGAUGAGGAGCAGUUGUCACCAUCAAAUAAAAGGUACAGAAAACUGAAAACUAAACCUAAAAUAACUAUGAUGAAAAAAAGAAUACUGUCGAAAAACAAAAAUAAAGUAGACAAACCGAUCUGCAAGACGAAACUUUUUAAGUUUUGGAAUGGUCCUAAAAGGCAUAGAGUGGCAUCUUUAAAUGCUUUAGCAAAAGUGCAUUGCCUUUAUGAAAACGAAACUAAAGGAAAUAUAUUGGAUAUAGUCGACGAAUCGUCUAAACUACCAUAUUCUUUAAAAAGGGAUACAAAAAAUAAAAAUACUAAAAACGAAACCCUUUCUGUUAAGGAUGUGGAUAAUAGGGAUAGUUCUCCUACGCCUACAAGGAUAUUGAGAUCAGUUCCUGGUCUAAGAGCCGUAGGAAAACAUUGGGAUAUGCACGAUACUUCAAGUUCAGACGAAGAAGAUUUCAUUAAAUUUGCAAAUUUACCGGUCAAAGUAGUUAAAAAAGAAAAAUUAACUCAACCAAAAUUAAAAUUAAAAGAUGAUGUACCUACAGAGAAAAAAAGAAAACCUAGUGAGAUAGUCAUGGAUCUUAAAGAUAUGGUUGUUAGUAAAAGAAUGGCUAGUCUAAAUGCUAGUGCUAUAUUGGCAGCUAGUUAUUCCGUUGAAAAAAGAUCGAAUAAAUCAAAAGAUAGUAAUGAUGAUACAUCAUCUUGUGCAAGUAAUUCAUCCGAAGAAUAUUUUGCGGCUUUAAGUAAAGAUAUUAAAGAGGAAGAGGUUGAUGAAACGAAAGAAAACGAUAAAUUAGUUGAAGUACAUACAACCCCAAAUAAAAACGUUGCUGUAAUUUUAAACCAAGAUACAGACGUUACAAUAACUGGAGUCUACGUAAACAGUACGACUAGAUCUACUCACCAUGAGGGUUACUGUAGCAUCGCAGGAAUGCAGUACAGAAUUUCAGCUACGAGUCACACACAAACCGCUGCUACAGCUGUCGCCACGGAAACUCUUCUGCAGUCUUCUUCUAGCAGUGGCCCCGAUAAUAGUAAUAGUGAUUCAAUGCCUUCUUCUAAAUCGUAUACUCCUCUGGAUGCAUUGUCAAAUAUGCAACCACCACCAGGACCUGGUAUCCAACACAAUCAUCCAGUUUUGCACGGGCAACAGCAACACAUGGGGCCUCCUCAACAUGUUCUUCCAUUACCUCCACACCAGUUGUCACCAGGUCUUCGUCAUGGUUGUUCAAGUGCGUUUUCAUCCCCAAAUUCGAGUCAAAAUUACCAAAUACCAUCAGGGCAUAAUCCACCUAUCCAAGGAGAAGGAGGAUUUGUUCACGAAUGUGCCUGUCAAAUAUCAAGGUAUCAACUGUGAUGUACGAAUGGCUCUUAAAUGUCAAAAUGUUUAAAAAGGACCCCGCACUUUUAACAUUGAUUUUGGGUACUGACAGAAUUUGUUCAAAUUUUAGUAUGUUAUUUUUUAGGUCAUUACCGGCAACUUUCUUAUGGACCUCAAGUUUGCAGCUCUACAGGGUGAGCUGUUAGAAGGAGUCAAAAGUGUGAAAUAUAGAAUUAAUAUUUUCAUAUAUAUCUCUACUACUCUUAAGUAAUUCAUGUUUUUUCCAUGAAACUUAUGGUACCUCUUACACUUGUAUAUAUUUUUUUAAUACCUUCUGGUAUUUUGUAAAAAGCGUUCAAAAAAUUAGAAAUAGUAGUUACUUAAAUAAGGUG